AUGAGAGCCGGCCAGGCCUUCUUGCAGCAACAAGUCAGCCAGGCGCCUCGGUGCCAAAGUUGCGGCCCCUCUGGUGGGGCUUGCCUCACCAAGGAAAGCUCGCAAACUGUUUUGUAUGUGAACCAGCAGUUCCGCUUCCUGCUAGAGGUCCCCAUCUUCGCGUGUUCAGUGAGCGGAAAGAAGGUGCACGUGCACCCGCUCACAGCGAAUGCUUUUCCCGGGUCGGCCGUUUGGGGGUUUCAGCUCGACGCGGUGCGGGGCGGGCAGGGGCAGCCCACGUGGUACGGUCUCGACCUCCUGGAGCUGUACGACUCGCUAGUGUUCAACGGCAAACGGGGGGGAGUUUCUGUCGAGUCCUUCUGCACAGCAGUCGAGAAAAUUCACGAGAGGCAUGGGUGUGUGGAGCCGAGGUUGUCAUCAGACCCAUUCCGGAAGGGGUUCGCAAAGGCGUGCAAAGAAAUCGGGUACGUCUGGCACGGAGUGCAGAACAUGGGUACUUUCGGAGUGGAGCACUUUGAGGCAAACCCCUUUUCCAGCUGCGCCGCGUGUCAAGCUGCGGGCAUUACUGACCAGGCCAGCCGGGUUUUGCACUCCACGUACAUCGACGCCUGCUUCAAAAUAAAGCACCUUGCACGGGCAGGCAAGGCCUCAGCCCACCGACGGCCGCACAUCUCCGACACCACGUUCAUCUCGGACAACGUGGUAAAUGGCUUCCUCGACAUUAAAGAGAACGCGGUUGACGCGGGGGAGAGCACCUGCUCUGAGUUCAAGGCAGACUCGGUUUACGGGAUAGCAAAGCAGUCGGCAUACGACAUCGCAGGUUACAUAGGCGUCUUUUGUCGGCAUGGCGUUCUUGGAGUAGGAGCGAACGUCUUCGGAGGGGAGAGAUACGGUCUUGCCACCCUCCUGCUGCUCACGCUCAUAGCAGUCUACAAAAUUCCGCUCAAGUUUUGCUGGUAUGACAUCGGCUGCCGCUACAAAGUCCACCUAGCAGCUUGGAUAGCUCUCCAGAGCCCCUCCUCUUUCACUUUAGCGGGCCAAAUACUCGCCUUCCAUGUCGUCAUGCAACUUGCUAGGGCUAUA